CCAUGUGCUAGUCUUGUUUGAACCUCUUGUUUCUCUCUCCUUUAGACUCUAAGAAGCUGAUUUCCAGCUGGGAUCAAUUGGGACCGAAAGCAGCGAUGGCAGAUGGCCAUGUUCCGUCGCUACAAAUGUUUUGCCCUUUGGCUGAUGCUCCUGGUCUUGUUCAACAUGUGGACGUCAUUCUUUCCAUCUUGGCUGCCUUCCGAUGAUGUCCCUGACGUGUCUAUUCCGGUGGGCAGAGACCAGCACCAAUCUCUGGAACAUUCCACGCAGGAGUCGCUGGAGAGAUCUUUGAAUGCGAGUUCCACCCAAAAUUCUCCAGCUUUUUCCCAAGAGGCGACCCUGGAACAUCCUGGGAGUCAUCCAGGCAGACUUGGCACCAGCAUCAUCUACUUGUUCGCUCAGGGCCAGCGCAGCCCCCGGGAAGCGGCACGCUGCACGGCACGCUUGGAGCUGCAUUUGCAGCUUUUGGAGUCGACUUGCCGAAAGAAUCAGCCGUACAAAUCGAUCUAUCAGCAUUGGUUUUUGCUUGGUCCUGGCUCCAGGAGUGCGUUACUCGAUCGCCUUCCACAGAUCUGUGACCAGCGAAGUCAUGAGGUGCGAAGGGCAGCCCGUUGGCCUACGCCCAGUGAGCUGCGAGGGGAGCAUGUGGUGCUGGUGAGUAGCCAGGUGGAAGGGCCCUUCCUGCCCAAAUUCUAUGCUGGUGCCGGCCUGCAAUUCUGGUCUGAUGCUUACACCCGUCGACUGCGUUUACCGGAGGUUUCCUUGGUGGCCAACAGCAUCGACUGCACCCGUGGACGGGAAGAGAUUCGAUUUCCCUUGGCGAUGGAUCGGUCAUUCCUGUCCUAUGCUCAGGAUCCCGCCUCACUCCUGCAGUUCUCCACCUGGGAGCUGCUGGACCGGCCGGGCAGCUUCCAGCGCUUCAGGCGGUGGAACUGGACCUUUUGCGAAGCAACGUCGUCAAAGAAAGGUGAGGCGACAUCGCUGGAACAACAUCCAUAUGAAACUCUCUUCGUGGCCGAGCCUGUGAGAGACUGGCCGUAUUUCUAUCGCGACUUGUCCGUGCGUAUGGCCAAGCAGGAAGUGAGUAGGCCAAUCGCAGGAAGGACCUUGGUGGUGGUGGCAUUCUUUGAGAAGACGCCGGAAUACCGAGACAAUAUGAUCUUCUUUUUGCAGAUCGCCAUUGUCCCGGAUUCCAGGUCCAAUGCGCCCGUGGACUACGUGAUCGUGGUCAAUGGGGAAUGCACCAUCGACUUUCCUGAACUCAAAAACUUACAGGUGAUCCGGCAGCGGAAUGUGUGUUACGACUUUGGUUCCUGGGGUAUUGGUUUGCAGCGGCGGGUUGACUCAGUCCAUGAGGCCUUCGUGGUGCUGAACCCCACUGUGAGGGGGCCCUUCUUGCCCAGAUGGUACACCCAGCACUGGACCUGGGCCUUUCUGUCAAUGUUGACCUCCAAGGUGAAGCUCGUGGGAACUAGUAUGAACUGUCCCGACGGCAAAGGGCGGUCUUUGGUCCAUGUGAUGAGCAUGAUUAUGGCCUUCGACCAAGUGGCCUUGGACAUCGCCCAAGCCAACGGCAUUUUCAAGUGUGCAGAGAACAAGACCGAAGCGAUGUACCGAGAGGGCGACUUUCUGCGCGUGCUACGCGCGAGGGGCUACAGCGCCGAAGCCUUCCAAGCAAGCCACUCUGGGGAAGAGUGGUUCCGCUUGCCCAAGAAGGCUUUAAACAGCCCGAAGCCUUUGCGCGGCAAGAAGGGUUGCCCAACGCUGCCGAACGAUGUGUUCUUCUCAGCCCAGCGCUACUUCAACCGCACAGCACAUCCCGUGGAGUUCGUCUUCUUCAAGACUACCCGACACAUGGAGCGCGCGGAUCAGAUGCUGACGACCUUCUCGAAAAAGCUUUCUCAGGAAACAGCUGCCAUGAUGGCCGAUCCCAAAUUGAUCGUGAUGCUGAGCCACUCCUUGCGCUUGGAUGGAGCUCCCAUGGUCCUGCUGGAGCUGGGGAAGAUCUUCAGGGAUGAAGGUCUCCAAGUGCACCUCCUCAGUGGCGAUGAUGGGCCUUUGAGGCCUGAGUUCGAGAAGGAACAGAUGGCUGUAUCAAUCGUGAAGGACAUAGACAUCUACCGCCACUCCGAGAACAUCACCACGACCCUACUGGAUUUUCUUGGGUCCUUCUUUUGGAGUCGACCACCUGAGCUGGUGAUUUGCAACACCAUCGUUUGGGCCAGAGCCUUGGGACGCUUGCCUUUGCUGCGCCCCAGCCGGCCACGGGUGGUUUGGUUCAUCCACGAGCAGGAGAUCAGUCUCAAGUCCCCGGGCUUGCAGCCAGGAGAGUUUUGGUGGGGCAAGCGCUUUCCGGAACUCGGGCAGACCCAGAGCCGGCAGCGGAUCAUCGCCGGAGCCGAUGCAGUGGUUUUUCCCGCGCAAGCCACCAGGGACUUGUGGGCGGAGUCGGAGAUGGGACAUACUUUUCACACCUUCUUCAACUUCUUGGACCUCGCCCGCAUCCACCAGCGCGCCGGCGCGGAAGCCGCGGGCGCGUACGCGGACGUGUGGUCUUUGACCGAGCGGCGUAUCAGUCCACUGCGGGCAUCGGUCCGCGCGGAGCUGGGUGUGGCGGAGGAGACCUUCGUGUUGGUGGCGGUGGGUACUAUUUGCCAGCGGAAGAAUCAGAUUGCCUUGGUGCAGCCAGGCGUCCUGAAGAUCCUGAGCGCCAGCUUUCGGAAGUGGCUGAUCCUGCUGGUGGGCGCCGAUGACUCCUCACCUUCCAAGCGCAAGUAUUUGAAGAAGUUCGAGAGCACAGAGAUAGGCCGUAAGGUGCGCCUCAUCCAAUUCGGCCCCGCGAAUCUCAAGUACACCGCGGCGGCCGACUUGCAGGUGAGCUUGUCCUUCCAAGAGGUGAAUCCCUUGAACCUUCUGGAGGCCAAGAUCCUGGCCGUGCCCGUUCUCACCACGCCGGCCGGUGGAUCGCCGGAACAGAUGGUGGCAGAUGGCAUCGAUGGCUUUGCACUGAAGGACUUCCGGCAGAGCACCUUCGAGGAUCGUCUCCGACGCCUCCUCACACCGUCGAACGCCAGCGCCGACGACGCGCGGCGCGCGCUACGCCGCGUGGGCCGCGCAGGGCGCGCGACGGCACUGGCGCUCUUCGGAGCCCGGGCGGCACGCCCGCGGGUGAAAGAACUACUGGAGAGGCUGAUGGAGGAUCCCUCUUCCUCACGAGCCGAACAUGGCGUUGGGGUGGAGAUCAUGGUCCAGCUGACAGCGGAGCAUGAAGCGUCGUGGCCACGGAUCCACGCAUGCCUGCAGGAGACGUUGGAUGCCUUAGGUGAAUGGAAUGGUUUCUUGGUUUUUGACUAUAGCUGUUGCUCCGGAGGAAGCAUCCAGAGCCGGGGGUGUCCAUACUUGGCCAGUAAACUAUAGGAGCGACAGGGAGUUUCCCAGCACCAACCCCCCUGCUAGUUAAGUCUUCAAGUUUGGGUUGGAAAGCUUGGAAAGGAAGCAUUUGAGUAUCCGAGUUUGCCAUCCAUCUCGGGAUCUGGGGGCCUUCUAUCCUCAUGGGGAGGGCUGCAGCUAUAGCGCGCGCGCUGUUUGCGCUUGGCGCUUGGCUUCUUCUCGUUUGCUUCGCCCCGUUCCUGUAGACCUAACUUGGUAGUCUCUACAUCACACAAGAAUCAUUUCUGGACCAUGGCCGCCCAUGGCCCUGGUAUACAAAAAAUUGGAGAUGUGACAUGACAUGGCCCUGAAACGUAGCUGGUUCUGACGUUUUUUUCUCCAUAGGUACUUGGAGGCAUGCGAAGUGGGAAGGUGUUCUAGCCAUCUUGGGAGUCCACCUUCCCAGCUCUACAAGGUGUCACUAGUGCUCCCUUGGCCGAUGUCUUUCUGACCACUUCCUUCAAUGGGUCCAGCCUCACCGGCGUGGAGAGCUUGCGAAAACAUCGGGCCACCCGGCGGUUGCUCACGUGGCAGCCGGAAGCGUUCAGAAGUCGUGGCGGCCAGUUUCUACAGCAAGUGCUGCUGGCGCGUCGCAUGGUGCCGAAUGGACAUUGUUCUUGCUGCCUUUCGUUGAUGUGAAGUGAAUGAAUUGGAAGCCUAAGUUAAGACAGAUCAUUAGCUGUGAAGCUUCGCCCAAACCCGUUGCUGGGGGAUGGUCUCCACCAUCCCUGGAAGGGAUGACAAUCCUCGUAGGAACCUACGGACCGAUAGAGGUUGCCAUGAAGGUGCCAUGCGGUGGGAGAUGGAUCUAGGGUGUAGCCCAUUUACCAGCAACAGUCCGUAAAGGCCUGCAGCCUCACCAUCAUCAUCCACUGUUACUGGCAAUGGGAUAUGCCCGAGAUGGAUCAAUUAUUCUAAACGAACGUAGCCUUUGGAUGUUUUCAAACUCAAAUGCAGGGAGGGUUGGGCCUGUCACCUAUCACCAAGCACUAUCACCAAGCACCUGUAUUCACACAGAUGGUGAUCCGUGCCCAUGUUUGGAACUAACGUGGCUUGGAUGAUUCCAUUCAGGCCAAAUGCGUUUGCAGCAUGCGCUUCUGGUGCGGCUGCAAGGGAACUCCUUCUGCAGAGGAAAGGAGCAGGUGCUGUCCAUCCUCCGGUUGUUCCACGAGCGGCCUGACGUCGGCAUGGUGGUGAGCAUGGGGGAGAAUGAGAUGAUUGGAGACCGAACUGAACUGAACUGGUCAUGUUGUAUGAAAUAUGGAUGCCCGUUCGGGCUGGAGCAGGUACGCCAGGUAUGCAGUCACCUGUGGCAGGCCUGAAGAAACUGAGAUGAUUUGGGAGCAAAACUAAGGACAUGCAGAAGACAAGUUUUGGACUUUGAUGGAGUUGCCGGGGCCCGAAAAGCUCCAACGCGCCCACGACGAGUUCUGGUCCCGAUCGGCCUUGGCCUUUUGGACACGUUUGCAGGCGUUCGCCCCUCGCUUGCUGGCCGAGUUGGAUGACGUGGAUGUGGCCGUGGCACUGCUGGUGCCAAGUCUGGCCAGUCAGGAAGCUGAAGUCUAUGCCAUGCCAGGAUGAGCGGUAUGGAGUGGAGAAGGAUUAAAACUGUGAUUGAGAAGCAUGAAGCUGCUGGAGUUAUACGGUAGAUGAUCUUAGAGUUGCGGGCAGAAGCUCGCGUUUUGAACUUCUUCUUCAUGAUUUGGGGUCCAAGGACACCAGCACGUGCUUCAGCUUGAAGCAGCCGGCUUGAAGCAGCAAGAUGCAGCCACCCAGAUGCACCUCCUCGUGGGCAAAGUCGGCCAAGUAUGGAUCUUUCAAUCCGAGCGAGAACCUCCUUCGGCUACGAACAUCUUCGCUUCAGAAGCCAACACGGACCAUCUUGAUGCACCAACUGGCCGUUCUACGCUUCGACCACUCGGAGUGGCGCAUGCCACGUGCGAAACCGCUGGCUGGAUCGAACCUUUGCCCCGAAGGGCCCAAUGAGAGACGAAGAACGUCUCAAGAACCGACGAACGACCCAAGUCGACCGGAACGAGACCGGAAGAAGGGCGAGAGA